AUGUCCAUCUUGGUCUACGAUCGUGAGCACAACUUCAAAAAAUGGUUCGUCUAUUGGAUACCCGCAACGAGGACGCUCGGUAAGUACGCCCACGUACCAAAACGAGUGGAACGGGGUGUUUGAGGUGUGAAAGACGGCAAAGACGUCGUCUACGAGAAGACGGUCACUCUGGCCGAGCGCACCGAACUGCUCAAAGUGAGCAAAUCGCUGCUCGAGGAGAAGUGGAGGUAUGGAACUCUUUUCCCGAGCUUCGAGUAAAAAUCAACGUUUUCUUCAAAACUCAUAUGAGUUUAGCGAAAAAGUUAUCAAUAAAUGUGUCGGUAAACUUAUCGAGAGUUUAUUGAUAAAUUUGUCGAUGAAAAUUAGGUGCAUUCAUCGAUAAUCAAUUGAUAACAUUUGCAGUUCACUCUUCUCGGAAAGUGGUCUUCACAUAGAGGAAGUGUGCGAGAAAGAGCUCGUUCUCUCGUUCGCCCUCCAGCGAAACAUCACUCUCGAACGUACCGAACUUUCCGGAAAGUUCGACGAAUGCCUCUAUUUGGAGUAUUUGGUAAGUGCGCUUCGUUGGCAAUCGACCGCUUCGUUUUGAGCGUCUCAAAACGCUCACGAACUGCUCGCCGACGAAGCGGAAGCGGACUGCCUCGGCCGUCGAUCAUCCGGUCAGUUCGGAAGAUGUGAAGCCGUCGAUCGUUCCGAAGAGUGCUCCGAUCAAGAAGAGAACGACGAGGAUCACGGCGAAGGCCGCCGAGCCAGAGUUCGUGGAUCUUGAAUGA